AUGCCGUCGCAGCAGACACAGCAGAACAAGGUCGACUUCUCGCUUAUCCGGCCCAAGAACUACUUUGCCAACGAGCGCACGUUCAUCAGCUGGCUGCAGCUGGCGGUGACCAUGGGCGGGCUGGGUCUGGCGCUGCUGAACUUUGGCGGCUCGGGCAUCCGCGUGCGCAUCUCGGCGUUUGUAUUCGAGACCGGUCGCGCUGGCACUGAUCGUCUACGCAUACACCAUGUUCUGGACGCGCGCCGAGCGGCUCCGGCGCGGGCAGCGCGGGACGUGGGACGACCGGUUUGUGCCGGUGGUGGUGCGGUCAACUUUGGCCUGACUUUCCACAAGAAGGCAUACACGCCGCCGCUCGACAAGCUCACCGUGUCGCUGCUGUCGUUUGGCAAGGCCGAGCACUGA